GAGCCUUUCGACUCAGUUUUAACGCGCACGUUUUAUGAAACGACAACUAUGCGUCGAUGUUCGCUCGCUGCCGAUAAUUAUUCAUAUCGGUAUCGCUUUUAGCUACAAAAAUAGUAACGCGGUAAACAAAUUCGCGAUUUUUAUUGCCGGCUCCGACAAUAAUCGUUUUCAUUAAUUUUUUUUUGCCUCACUCGCAUGUCGCUCGCCGGUGUCUCCGCGAAUCUUAAUAGCAGUUAAUCAUAGUUUAUUUUUACCGCGCAACGUGUGCUAAUAAUUGUGUUGGGGCCUCGCCGUGUUUCUUUUAUUUUGUUUUAGUAGUUAGUUGAAUCGCGCAUCGUGUUCCGCGGAACUUGGUUGAAAAAUGUAAGGCGAAUUAGCAUGGGAUUUGGUUUGUUUACAAAGAUCCAAUUAAAAAGAUAACGGCUGUAAUCUUCGAUCAUAAACGUUUUAUAAAUAGAUUUGACAGUUCGCGAGUUUCGAAAAGUUUCAAAAAUCGUACCGAGAUUUGGCGGGAACACUUGCGGGAGGUGCUAACCAAGGAGUUUAGAUUGGACCGAAAGUUUUGAAAAGUGUUGAGCACACAUCAGAUGCGGCGAGUGUUUUUUCAACGCGUUUUCGAGGCUAAGCGCUAGUUGUUUGAACAAGUGUGUUUUCUAAUGGAUUUAUUUUGAGAUUGAAUUCAAAACAUCAGAAGGCGUAGCGCUUCAGUCAUUUCACGAGCUUAGGCGAGGGGUACCGCAGGGCGCUGUUCUUGGUCACAAUUUAUUUAUAUUAUUUAUUGACAGCUUGAGUGAAGUGAGAUAAAAACUGAUAUAAACUGUGAUUCCUGGAUGUGUCUCCAACGGGACGACGAUGAUGGUGACUACAUAGAUGUAGCGAGACCAAUGGUGCAACUACCAGUCCUGGGUCCGGAGCCGGUACUGAACUCAAGCACGGGUGGGACAGCCAAGCCGCCGCCACUCAACUCAUUCGAGCUGGACCGCUGCUUAGACAGGGAGGAGACCGGCAGGUGGGGAGGUGACGCACGACGUCGCAGGCGCAGCUCGCCGCCGCGACGCUCCCCGCCACCCAACAAUGAGCCGCUCUCACUCGCACGAGCAUCAGCCCCACCUUCCCCAGCAGGAGGUUCGGCACAGUCCAGCCCAGCACCAGUUUCGCCAGCUGGGAGCAGCAGCGCGCCUCCACGCUCUCCUCUCCCACUAGUGGCUCCAGAUCUACUGGCAAUGCAGCUGUUAGACCAGCAUUCGCAGUUGCAGGCGUUGAUGAAGCAACGGCUGUUCCACCAGCACCAUAUGCAGAAGCAGCACAUGUCGUCUGAAGCUGCAAAACGGCAGCUAGAACAGUCUCGGCUGCAGGAUCAGAUAAAUCUGAAUUUACUCUCACAAUCGCAUUUGCAGCCACCCGACAGUUCUCCAGGCUCUCUACAGCAGCAACUUGGUGCUCAACAGCAGCAGCUAGUGCAGCAGUUACAGGCAGUGCAGCGACAGUAUCUCAUGCACGCUCCUCUAUCUGUUCCACCCAAUGCUCCUCCAGGCUUAAUGCUCUGGGGUAGUGAUAUAGAAGAGCAUCCGCUAUUCGGGCGCGGGGUCUGCAAGUGGCCCGGCUGUGAUGCUCUGGCUGAAGAUUUUCAAGCCUUCCUCAAGCACCUGGAGGGCGCGCACACGCUGGACGACCGCUCGGCGGCGCAGGCGCGCGUGCAGAUGCAGGUGGUGGCGCAGCUCGAGCUGCAGCUGCGGCGCGAGCGCGACCGCCUCGCCGCCAUGAUGCGCCACCUGCACGCCGCGCGCGACUCGCACCACGCCAAGCUGCCGCACGGUCCCGCCAGCGAAGGCGCCUCCCCCGGUCCGGUCAGACGCCGCGUGUCCGAUAAAUCCGGAGUUGCUAUAGCUGGAGGUCUACCUUAUAUGCUCGAAAGAGCUGGAUUAGAUGUCCAACAAGAGAUUCAACGCAAUCGCGAAUUUUACAAGACAGCUGACGUUCGACCGCCGUUUACAUACGCUUCGCUAAUUCGACAGGCCAUUAUUGAGUCUCCUGACAAGCAACUGACUCUGAACGAGAUCUACAACUGGUUCCAGUCCACGUUCUGCUACUUCAGACGCAACGCCGCCACCUGGAAGAACGCGGUACGUCACAACCUGUCGCUGCAUAAGUGCUUCAUGCGCGUCGAGAACGUGAAGGGCGCGGUGUGGACGGUGGACGAGGUGGAGUUCUACAAGCGCAGGCCGCAGCGCGCCGCGCACGCGCCGCCGCCGCUGCACGGGUUCAUGGGAGCUCAGAGUCCGCCAAUGAUGACAAGCCCUCACAGUUACAAUGAAGCUCUUAAACGAAAUCUUCAGGGCAUGAUGGAAGAUUGCAACCUGUCGUACAUGACCGGCGAUGACCAUAUGAUGCAAAGUGAGGAAUAUCCAACUUCACAUGAUGAUUACAGUCGGCCACCGAUUAUGAACGGCUACGGUAACAGCAGUUCGUCCCACGACGUGAAAGCAGAAGACCUGAGCGCCAACGAGGCUCAGGAUGUCAAACCAAACCUGUACGCUCUGAAGAAUGAGAUGCAAGCUUCCGAUUAUUCUAACAAAGGAGAUUACCAGAAUUCCAAUAAGGAAUCAUCGAGCAAUCGCUCCAGCGAGACUAGUCCUUACGACGACUACCCGCGCUCCGAGGACCGAUACCGCGCCUCCAUGUCACACAUCAAGGAUGAAGCCGAAAACCUCUCCCUGAAUGAACAAAGAUCUGACAAAUAAAUUUAAAAAAAAAAAACAUAACGACUUCCAAGUAAGUCUCGAUAAACUAAACAAAGAAUUUGCAAGAGGCUGAAAUAAAAAAAAAAUAUAAUUACGAUCAGAAUCGAUCGAAUUAUGAUCCGUGCUAACAUCUUAAGUGUUAAUAUUUUAAUUCAAACGGUAUAAUAUUCGACCGUUAUAUAAUACGAUUCGUCGUAUUUGUAUGUGAUGUGAAUAACGAUCGUGUUCAGAAUCGAACGUUCUAUUAUCGUUCGAAAUUCUGAACGGUGAUGAAGGUAAUUGUGAACUGAAUUUAUAGCAAUACGAAGUGAUUCUUGUGUUUAUUACAAUAUGGACGUUUUUCGCGUAACCGUUAGUGUAGAGUAGCGUGUAAUAUCACAGUAUGUAAUACGAUUUAUAUUUACGGGUUUAGCUCUAUUUCAAGUUAGCGGACGGUGUUUUAAUGUGUUCACAGUUGGAUUUUUAUAAUUAAAAUCAUAAAACGAUUUAGGAAUAACCAAAUAUAUUUUUUUUCAGUUUUAAUCUUAUUUGCCCGGUUUUAACGGGGAUUUUGAAGUAUUAUAGGUUUAAUGUUCGAUAUUUUUUUAAUUUUUUUUUUUUUAAAUUAAGAUUAAAAAAUACAUAGCUAAAGUUAAAUAUUUCGAAUUGUUAGAGAUUAGUUUAAGUGUUAGGCGUAAUGUUGGAUGAAUAAUCAAACAAUCAACGAUAGUUAACCUUAAAAGGGUCAUAUCAAUAUUUAAAAUUAUAUAAUCAUUAUUUGUAAUAAACAAAUAAGAACAAUAAGUAGUAAUAUUGAUCUGUCAUAGUUUUAAUUGGUACAUAAAUUAAACACGCAUAGCGUUUUCGUUCGAAUUCCAUUCCUUGUUAGAUAUUGUUUUGUUACUGUGGUACGAUAUUAUCCAGUCCAUUUCAUUAUAUAUAUCUACAUAAUGUAAACAAACAAAGUAUAUAUAUAUAUAUUCCUUACGUUUUGUCUACUAGUAAUAUGUCUCAUUGCGAUUUUGUCUUCCCAUGUUGACAUGUAAAGUAUCUAAUACUUUGAGCGUUAAUUAAAUUAUAACGAAGUUUUGGUAUUCGAGUGAAGAAAACGUGUGUCAGCUGAAACAGCGUUGAAAUGAGCCCCAAACGUUCAUCUUAAGAGUCUGUAUUACCUCAGUUCGAAUUGAAAUUCUGUCCCCGUCUCACCCCCGCACUAUAGCAGCUAUCUCACUUGCAUCAAGCAAGAUUAUAUAUUUAAAGAUGUUAGGUACGAUAAUUCAUUCAAGUUUAUUAUAUUAAUAAACAAUCAUUUUCUUUUCUGCAAUUCCGUUUUUUUAUUUUUUCUUGCUGUCAUAUUCCAUUUAACUAACAGAAAUCGCGUAUUCCGUAUGCGAAUUGGUUCGGCAGCGCAGGUCGGGCGGUGCUUAGAAUUGUAUCAGAAAAAAUUGUACGUGACACUUAUUUUUUCAGAGUUGAAUAUCUAACAACGAACUGAAAGCAAAAUGGUUUUCAAUUCAAUAUCUAAAUCAGAAAGUACCCAUAUUGUAUUUAGUUUAUAUAAACAUAUUCAUUCAUAUGUACUUAAAUUAUUUUGUGUAUUUUUCUAUCGAGAUUUUUUUUAAGAAUCGUAUUUUCACAACAUAUACUAUAUAUACCCUUUACUAUAUAUUAUUUACAAAGAGAUUUAUUGAAAAAUGUAAUUGUUAUGCUGCAUUAAACGUAGCCAUUUGAGGUUAUAUAGACCCUUAAGAGGAAAGUCCCUUAAUACUACAAUGGCGAUGUUAUUGUUAAGGCUGGCUGUUAAUUAUUCUCCUGUGUUAAAUGAAAUGAAUUUAAAAACAAUUUUGUUAUUACUCACAUUCUCAGAAUAUAAAAUGCAAAAGAUACAGAAUACAGAAUCGAACUCGUCGAAAUCUUUUUUUUUUUAUAUAGAAUAGGAAGGCGGACGAGCAUAUAAGCCACCUGGUGGUAAGUGGUCACCAAUGCCCUGGCAUUAUAAGAAAUGUUAACCAUCGCUUACAUUACCAAUGCGCCACCAACCUUGGGAACCAAGAUGUUAUGUCCCCUGUGCCUGUAAUCAAAUCUAUAACGCGUACAGAGAUUAUACUCCCAAAAAUAUAAAAUAAUAAAAAGGUAAUAAGUGAAGUUCAUGUUACAUACUAUUGUUUACAUUUUGUACUUGUAGUGAAAUGGAUAUAAUGUAAAAGCAUGUUAUAGUUUCUACUUAAAGCUGACAAGGACAAGAAAUUGUCGGAGAUCUCAAAGGUUUUUUUUUUUAAUCAACCAGAUUUGCUUUUAUUUUUACACGUAAGUACGAAAGUAUACGGAAUUGAUUUAUUUAUGAUCUGAUAUAUAUAUAUAUAUAUUUUUUAAAUUUUUUUAAGGUAUUUCACAUACUGUGCCAUAGGGUUAAUGAUGGUACUUUAUUUUUUUUUAUUGUGAUCAAAUGGAAUUGUUUUCGCGCUGUAAAUAUUUAUCAUUAUUGUCAUUAUCAAAUGUAAAUUGUUUAAGGAAUUAAAAUUCUAGGCUUAUGUAAACGUUCACUUAAAAUGCAUAUUAAAUCGUUCAUGUUGUAGGAAAUUUAGAAAAAAAAAAAUACUUAGUAGUUAAAUUUUCACUAUAAUAGAUAACAGAUUCUGAACGUUGAUUUUAUUUGAUGAUGAAAAUUAACGAUUAAUUAAAAUUCAGAAUUUUUUAGUGUUUCAAAAUAUUCUUGUAAGCAUUUAUUAAAGUAAUAGUCAAUAGAAAUCGUUCGUGUUAUUCCAAAUAAUUAUAAAAGGGUAAAAAUAAUCAUAUCACAAUUAUGUAUUGUAGAGACUUAAAUAACUUGGUGGAUGGUGGGCUAUAUUCAAAUUUGCAUUUAAAUAACUUAGAAAUAAUCAGUGAAGCUGAAUUUCUAAAUCACUUUUCAUUUGAGUUGUAUUUUGAAGUGAAUCUUCUUUGGGCGUGAUUAUAAUUUCGAAUACGAAUGCAACGUUUGAAUGAUACGUUUCUGACGCAAAGAAGUUUCACUUCUGUCCCGUGUACAGAGUUGCACGUGCUUUAAUUUAUUUUAUAUUUCUAUUCAUUGUAUUUUCUUUUUUUUUGUUUUUGUUUAUUUAAAUAAUACCUUAACCUUAUUUUAAAGGAACAAAUAUGACAAUUGGUCUAUAAUAAGUUCUUAUUUAUCGGUCACACAUAGCUUAUUGUUAUUUUUUUUAUUUAAUAACUACUUAAUUUUUUUUAUUUCGAUUUUUUAUCACUUAUGUCACAUUUUUAGUAACAUUUGUAUACUUAGAUAAGUGAAUAUGGUGUUACUUAAACCUAAAUUAAGUUACAAUAAGCUAUGUACCGAGUGUAUACUUCUAAAGCAGCAUAAACUUAGUUUCCACUUCGUAUCAAGUGAUUUAUUUGAAUGUCUAUAAUAAUGGCGCCCGACGUGGGACACUGAAUUACAUUUAUUAAACAUUGUAAAUUAUACUUAAUUAGUGUUGUAUUAAACCAAAUCAUUACAAAUAA